UCACGCGUCUGUUUGGGUUAUUUUCGCUCUGCUUCCCCGAUGUGUUGCUGUCACUGGAUUAUAAACACAGACAUGAUCACAUCCACGGACGGGAUCCAUUGUGGACGCACACGUGAAUAUAUAACGUGCUGGAUGAGAUUCUGCGUGUAGUUUCGGCGAGAUAAUGAAGAUGUGUAAUGGCUCUGAGCUCUUUUGAGUGGUGCCAUGACCAGUCAGGGUGGUGGCCAUGCAGACACACCAAGCCCCUCUUCUUCAUCCUCUUCCUCCUCCUCUCGAUCCUCAGCAGCCCGUAAGGUGCAGGUGCAGCGCUCAAUCUCCCGAGAUACCAUCACCAUACACUUUUCUGCCAAGGGAAAUGAGGAAGAGGAGGAGGAAGAGGAGCUCUGCAGGCUAGCUCUUUCCCCUUCUGGCCUUGAACCUGAAGAUCAGACUGUAGUCACAGCUCAGGAGGCCAGUGAGGAGCUAAUCUCUGAAGGACUGAAAGCAGACAUGGUCACAGGACUGUCUUCCCAGACCCACAGUUCUGCCUUGGCUAUACAGCACCCCUCCAUCAGCUUGGGUUGCAUGUCCACUUCUAGUCUAGCUAGUUUCUCAUGGCCCUCUGAACAAAGGUCGACUGCCCUGGUACCUUCCACCCAAUCAGCUUCCUCCUGCUCAUCCCCAGCCAAGGUCUCUGGCCUUUCCUCAAAGCCCUUCCUCAGUCUAGGCAAGUCCCUUUCCACUGAGGUGGAAUCUCGUGAGGUUGCUCCCCAGCCGAUAAGGCACCGGCAAUUGAUGAAGACACUGGUUAAGUCUUUGUCUACAGACACGGCUCGAUCCGAGCAAGAGGCUUCAUCGACUCAUCGGCCCCUGGAAUCCCGGCUGAAUCUGCACCUCUUCAAACCUUUCACCCAGUCUCGCGCUCCUGCAGCCAGUGGAGACUCCAAAACUGCUCCCUCAUCCCCCCUCACCUCACCCGAUAGCCGCUCCUUCUUCAAAGUUCAGGAGAUGGAGGCACGUAUUGAAGACACAAAGCGCCGUCUGUCAGAGGUCAUGUAUGAGCCCCUACAGCUGCUCAGCAAAAUCAUCGGCGAGGAACCUGUUGGCGUCAGCGCAAACACUUCCAUGUCCACAAGUGCAGGUGUCUCUUACCGAUCCAGAAACCUUUCCUCUAGCGCCUCUGAACUCUCCAACCUGUCAGCCCUCAAUGGCCACUCAGAAAGCAACAAUAACUACUGCAUCAAGGAAGAGGAAGACCUGGAGGGCGAAAGUCCUCUUGAAGGGCCAACUGUUGAGCUGCCUUUGCACAAGUCACCUUCUCUGGGAUUGGACAGGUGUUUUAUGUCAACGCUUGCUCAUCAAGAAGAUGAAGAGUUUUGCGAGCUCUACCCCGAAGACUUUGAACUCUGUACUGACACAGAGUUAGAUAGAGGAGAGCCUCAUUCAUCCCAGGUCCGACAAGGGAGCACAGGGGGAUGCAGUGAGGAACCUACUGAAGGAGGGGAAGAGGAGGAGGAAGAAGAUGAGCCUCCAGGAGUACCCCACAAUGCACUGAUUCUUCUUAUAUCUAUAGUUUACGGUUGCUUUGUGUUGCCACUUCCUACAUCUGUUUGUUGGGUGUUGAUUGGAGUGGUGGCCGGUUUCAUGCUAGCAAUUUUGGUGGUGUGGCUGUCAGCAAAAGGCAGAUCUUCAUGUGGCCGUCAUGGCAGCUGGAGCAGAAGAGAGAAAUGGAACAGGGUUCCUCUGGAUAUCAAAGAACCAACAAUUUACAAGGGUUGGAUGAAUGAGAUCCACAGCUAUGACCCUGAGACGUAUCACGCCACAUUCACUCACUCUGUGUAUGUGCGUCUGGAGGGAUCUGUCCUGCGACUGUCCAAACCUAACCGCAAUAUUCCCCGCCGGGCAACCUUCAACGAGCUCAAACCUGACGUCACCUAUGUUAGCCAGAAGAUCUAUGAUCUCACCAACAGUAAGAUCUACCUGGUGCCUCAUAGCCUGGCCAGGAAAAGGGUGUGGAAUAAGAAGUAUCCCAUCUGCAUUGAGCUGGCCAAGCAGGAUGACUUCCUGGCCAAAGUGCAGGGAGAUAAGUCUGACGUGUUGGAGGAGAAGGCCCCUGCAGCAGGAGACCGGCCAGAGGCUGUAGGCACUAGUGAGGAACCUAAGAGAGUGCACACAGAACCUGUGCUAUACCUGUUUGGGAGAACAGGAAGAGACAAAGAGGAAUGGUUCAGAAGGAUGCUACUUGUGUCCAAGCCGAAAUCAGAAGCCAAGAAGCCCUCUGGCCUGCCUACAAGCUGUCUGUCUCAUAGCCGCAGCAGCAGUCGUGGCAGUCUGGAUGAAGUGCUCCAGUCUCAUCCCAGACAAAAAGACCUUGAUGCCAGUGUCAAACAGAAAGUUCUGGAAUACAACGUCUACAUGGCCAAAUAUGUCAGCCAGUCUGCAGGUAGCCCAACCACAAGCCCUGUUCAGAGUGCUGGAAGCAGCCCGGGAAUUGUGAAAAAGUUUCCAGCCAGUCAAGAGCAGGAGUCUGAGUCUGAAGCCUGGGUCAAUGCACUUUUAGGUCGCAUUUUCUGGGACUUUCUUGGAGAGAAAUACUGGGCAGAUGUGGUUUCCAAAAAGAUCCAGAAAAAGCUGAGUAAAAUCAGGCUGCCAUACUUCAUGAAUGAACUGACCCUCACCGAGCUGGACAUGGGAAUAUCUAUUCCCAAGAUCCUUAGCUCAUCCAAACCAUCUGUGGAUCACAGAGGCCUUUGGUUUGAUUUGGAGAUCUCAUACAACGGUUCCUUUCUUAUGACUCUUGAAACCAAGAUGAACCUGACCAGAUUGGGAAAGGAGGGGGAAGGACUUGGAGAACAGGGAAAAGAAGGAACCAGACCACGCACUUACUUCCUGGCCGACAGUGAUGAAGAGUCAUCGAGUGCAGGAUCUUCUGAUGAGGAAGAUACUGUGGAAGUGCCUGAAAUUCCAGGAGUGGAAGGAUAUGUUGGGGGACACCGACCCAGCAAAAUCAUGCGCUUUGUGGACAAGAUUGCCAAGUCUAAGUAUUUCCAGAAAGCCACGGAAACAGAGUUCAUUAAGAAGAAGAUCGAGGAGGUGUCCAAUACGCCGCUGCUCCUGACAGUGGAGGUUCAGGAGUGUCGAGGAACACUUGCUGUAAACAUUCCACCACCUCCAACAGACAGGAUAUGGUAUGGUUUCAGAAGUCCCCCUCAUCUGGAACUGAAAGCGCGGCCUAAACUGGGUGAGAGAAAGGUUACUUUUGCUCAUGUGACUGACUGGAUAGAAAAUAAACUCAAUCAGGAGUUUCAGAAAAUAUUUGUAAUGCCAAAUAUGGAUGACGUCUGGCUGCCUAUCAUGCACUCUGCCAUGGACACGCGUUCCAAUGCCAAUGCCUUGAAGAAUGAAGAAACCUUGGACCCUGAGGAGUCCCUUGAGGACAUGUGAAGAUUAUUUAAUAUAUCAAAAGAUAAACAAUUCAGUCCCAUGAGGGCAGGACUAUACCCGAGUUGAAAAUUACAGGCUCCAUAUUGCCCAUUGAACAGAGCUGUGAAAAAUCUGAACACAUUAGUAACUAAAAGAAAGGAUGAUAUUGCUUGCUUGCUUGCUUUUGAUUUGUUUGGGACAGUACGAAUGCACAUGCUGCUGGCCCUUAAACAGAAUACAGAGGUUUUGGUGACAUACUAAAA